AUGGAUCGUCAACGGAUUGGCGAUUACGUAAUCGGACCCAGACUCGGGUCGGGCUCCUUCGCCGUGGUUUGGCGGGCCAGCCACCGAGUCUCGGGUCUGGAAGUCGCCGUGAAGGAGAUCGAUAAGAAACUGCUCAGCCCAAAAGUUAGCGCCAAUUUGCGCAAGGAGAUUUCCAUUCUCAGUACCAUUCAUCACCCUAACAUCAUUCGGCUUUACGAGGCUUUCGAGACUGCUGAUAGGAUAUAUUUGAUAUUGGAGUACUGCGACGGAGGUGAUCUGGCGGCGUACAUUCAGCGCCAUGGGAAAGUUCCAGAGCUUGUUGCCAGGCACUUUAUGAGGCAAUUGGCUGCAGGAUUGCAAGUACUACAAGAGAAGCAUCUCAUUCACAGGGACUUGAAACCACAGAACCUGCUUUUGUCAUCACAUGAGGAAACUCCACUGUUGAAGAUAGGAGAUUUUGGUUUUGCUAGGUCCUUGACACACAACGAAUUGGCUAAGACACUUUGUGGAUCUCCUCUGUACAUGGCCCCAGAGAUUAUUCAGAACAAAAAGUAUGAUGCCAAGGCUGAUUUAUGGAGUGUCGGUGCAAUUCUAUUCCAGCUGGUGACAGGCAGGCCGCCAUUUCAGGGGAAUAGUCAAUUUCAGCUCUUUCAGAAUAUUUUGAUGUCAACUGAGCUGCAGUUUCCAGAGGGUGCUUUGGAGAAGCUGCAUCCAAACUGUGUAGACCUGUGCAGAAGCCUUUUACGCAAGAACCCAGUUGAACGGCUAACCUUCCUGGAGUUCUUCAAUCAUAAAUUCUUAGUGGAACCUAGGCUGACUGUGGAGACAGAGCAAUGUUCUCUAGUUUCCCUACCAAAACAAGUAGUUGAGCAGUCUCAUUCUUCCUGUGACAAGAGCUUGCAGUUGCAUUCACAGUGUCUUAAUUGCUCUGGUGAGAACAAUCUGAACUUAGCAGUUCCAUCUGCCCCUGACCACAAAAUACAACAUGGUAAAGCUGAUGGUGGUACAUCCAGCCAUGCAAGCAUGUUUCGGUCUCUGGAAAAUAUUGCCAGUGAUGAGAUGGGGAAACCCAUUUUUGGCAACAAUUUGACAGUGGAUCAGACUCAAGUUGCUGGCUGUAUGCAGUCCAUUGAGAAGGAUUAUGUUCUUGUUAAUUGCCAUUUCACUUCAAAGGAGAACAUCACGUGUUACUUCGAGACGUCAUUGCAAGAAAGCUCCAAUAACAGAGUUUCUGUAUGUGGACCCACUGAGGUCAAAGUGGAAAAUACAGCAAGUGUCAUGCUUGCAGAAGAGGUUGAUCCUGCUCAUUCCUUGGAGCAGGGAGUCGAAGGAUCAGAACCAUUAGCUACAACAUGCAAUUUCAGUACAUGUAGGGAACUUCAAGGGUUAUCCAUAUUACAUCCAUCAACUAGGCUCCUCGUAUUACGACAGUAUCUCCAGGCAGUAUCAGAAGUAGUUAGUGAAAAAUACAAGGCAGGACAAUUUCUGGAAGCAUUUUCAGUUGAACUGGUAGUUUUGGCUUGCUGGAAGAAAGCAGUUGAGAUUUGUGGCACCUGGCUCACUACAACUCCUGGAAAUGACUUACCUGAAAUCUCAGAUGUUCUGCCUACACCGAUUGAUGAUGACCCCGUGUUCUGUGCGGCAGAUAAAAUUGAAUUUGACAAGCCUUCCUCUGCCUGCAAAUGGGCACAAGAAGGGUUUGUUUCUGCUCUUGAUAAUGCGGAGAAAUUGUCAGGGCACCUCAAAGACGUUGAUGCUGCAGCAGAGAUGCCAGAUGCAAUGGAAAUUAUAUUCCAGAAGGCCCUAGCUCUAGGGACAGCCGGUGCUGUGGACGAAUACAUGGACAACAAGGACAAUGCAGCUGUCUCGUACUCCAAAGCGUUGCUACUGUUGUCCUUCAUCGUGGGAGAAGCGACUUCUCUUGCACUCAACCCUCCGUUUAUUCUAACUCCUGCUAACAAGCAGCGAAUUCGAUGCUACAUAGUCAACUUACAGUCACACCAGUCCAAGUUUCUGAUCUCUCAGCUCCGCAUGCCACAGCCUUGA